AUGCCAGCCAAUUUUCAUCUAGACCUUGUCGCGUUCGCGCAGGACCAUUUACCAGAGAUCACUGGAACGGUCGGUCUCGUCAGCUACGCCUUACUCCGGAACAAAUUGACACCCGCGGGUAUAUUUGCGGGCAUCUUGGUGGCCGGAAUCCACACAUUGCAUCCAUGGCGGGCGUUCUUCUGGCUUUUGAUUGUCUUCUUCUUGGUUGGGACACUUGUCACUCGGAUCGGCCACAAAGCAAAAGUUCAUCUCACGCAAUCCGCUACCGGUGGCUCGGGCGGUGAAGGUCCUCGUAGUUCCGCCCAGGUUUUCGCCAACUCUGGUACCGCAUGCAUCUUGAUUGCUCUACACAGCUAUUUGCUCCAUGGCAGUUCGAAGCCCUUCAUCUCCUCCUUUCUCCCUCUUGCAGCCGGACCCUCCUUUCCGAUCCUUCAGGGCCUCCUGCCGAUCGGCAUCAUUGCUCAGUAUGCGGCGGUCGCCGCCGAUACCUUUAGCUCGGAGCUCGGCAUUCUUGCGCGGACGACUCCAUUCCUGAUCACUGCGCCCUGGAGACGAGUUCCGCGAGGGACCAAUGGCGGCGUAACGCUCGAAGGUCUGUUGUACGGCUUGGUGGGGAGUGUCCUCCUCGUUGGUGUCGCACAGUUGGCUCUAUCUCUCUCACCAUAUGCGACCGCCGCCAAAGCGACAUUGUCGCCGUCUACUAUCUGGCUAUUAUCAUUGGCGGGACUGGCAGGUAGUGUCAUUGACUCGGUGUUAGGAGCUUUGGUGCAAACGACAGUCACGGACCGGACGACUGGUAAGGUCGUCGAAGGCGCGGGCGGUACUCGGGUCAAGGUGGCCGAAGGAGGUAGUCGAGCCAAGUCAGGGCGUGAUCUCUUAACUAACAAUGGUGUCAACUUUGCUAUGGCAGCCAUCACGAGUGGAUUGGCAAUGGGAGUGGCUUAUGCUCUCGGAUUGCACGUCGGAUUAUGA